GUCUGUUGAGCUCUGAGAGGUUUAUCUACAGGAGGAGAAAGAAGAGGGGGAGGAAGAAAGAGCCGGAGACAGGAGGAGAUUAGAAAAGAUAAAAAAGAAGAAAACAGAGAAGAGAAAUAGAAGAAGAAAAAGAGGAGAAAAGAGAAGAAGACAAGAAGAAGAAGAAAUGAUGAAGACGUUCAACGUUUUGUCGUCUGUUUAAUGAGAUUAUCAAGAUUCGACCUGAAGACACAAACUACAGACAGACAGACUGUCGGUGGGCGGAGCAUCUUCGGGACUGACUGAAAACCGAACUGAACCUGUGGAUUUAAAAAUGUGGGAGGUGACUUUGAGAUGUGACCUGCUGAGGAACUUCCUGUCUGUCUGACUGUCAGUCCACCAUGUCUCACCUCCUACCCCGUCUCCUCCCCCUCCUGCUCCUCCUGCUCCUCCUGCCGGCCUUGGGCAGGUGUCAGACCGGCGGUCAGUUUGACGUGUGUCGGUCUCUGCGUGGUUCGGAGGCGGGGCCAGGAUGGGAGUUUUACGCCUGUCAGCCUCCACCUGCCAACAUGAAGGAGGUGAUGCAGAUCAGAGUCGACCCCCCCGGCAUCACCUGUGGAAAUCCACCUGAGAGGUUCUGCACACUGGAGAACCCGUACCUGUGCAGUGAUGAGUGCGAUGCGUCCAGCCCUGACCUGUCUCACCCUCCUCAGCUGAUGGGAGACAGGGAGAGGGGGGGACUCAUCACCUACUGGCAGACAGUCACGUGGUCCAGGUAUCCUGAACCCUUAUUGGCCAAUAUCACUCUGUCCUGGAACAAGAGUCUGGAGGUGGUUGAUGACAUCAUCGUCACCUUUGAGUACGGCCGACCAACCAGCAUGGUGCUGGAGAAAUCUCUGGACAAAGGUGUAACAUGGCAGCCAUAUCAGUACUAUGCUGAUGACUGUCUGGAGGCGUUUGGUAUGUCUCCUAAACGGGUCUCUGAUUUAGCACCAAGUAACUUAACCCGGGUUAUCUGUACUGAGCAGUACUCUCGCUGGGUCGGAGCCAAGGAGGAGAAGAUUGUGGUGUUCGAGGUGCGCGCUCGGUUUGGGGUGUUUGCAGGUCUGAAGUUGAUCAACAUGGACGCCCUGUACACCCGAAUGGAGACCAUGAAGGGACUGAGAGACUUCUUCACCUUCACCAACCUCCGACUGCGACUCCUCCGCCCAGCACUGGGAGGGACCUAUGUCCAGAGAGACAACCUGCUGAAAUACUUCUACGCUAUUUCUAACAUCGAUGUACCUGCCAGGUGUAAGUGUAACCUGCAUGCGUCUCAGUGUGUGUUACGUGAUGCGAUGCUGCAGUGUGAAUGCGACCACAACACGAGUGGACAGGACUGUCAGCGCUGCAGCCAAGGGUUCAAAUCCCGCAGCUGGCGACCAGGAUCAUACCUGCCCCUGCCCAAAGGCACUGCCAACACCUGUGAAGCAGCAGAAACAGCAGCCACGGCUGGUGACUCUAACUCAGCAGCAUCUGAUAGACCCUCUGCCUCAUCAGAUGGAGUGACUGACACUACUACUGCUACCACUACUACUGACAGAACUGCUACUACCACUAGUGAGACUUCUACUACUGAUAGUACUACUGACGGUAUUAUAACUACUGACACUACUACUACUAUUACCACUACUACCUCCAUUACUGACCUUACUACUACUACAGACAGUACUAUGACUAUUUUUAUGUACAUGUUGACUUCUGAUGCAGCUUUUACAAGCACAGCGAGUCCUUUUACUGUCACAGAUACAGCAAGUACUUCUACUACCACUUACACAUGGAGUAUUACUACUGCAGAAACAAGUACUAGUAGUGAUUUUAACACUGUAUUUGACACUGACAGUGUUCUUACUAUCAGUACCACCAUAACUGAUACUAGCUCUACAAUGUACUUUACUAGUACUCGUGAUCCUGGUGACUUUCCUAAAGCUGGUGUAGACUCUACUACUACAACAGUUGACACUGGCACUACAGUUUUUACUACUGUCAGUACUACUGUUAGUACUACAGGUUCUGAUGCAUUUCCAGACUUUAGCAGUGCAGCAGAACCUACAGCGGACACAGCUCCAUCCAGUAGUUCAGCUCUGGAGACAGGAGACACACCAGCUCCCACAGUACCAGACACCACCACUCCCAGUACCACUAUUAGCACCUCCAGUCCCACCAGUUACACCAGUAUCAACAGCCCCACUAUUCCAGGCCGCAGUACUGACUCUGAGGUGUCUAUUUCUGACCCAGUGACUCCGCCCUCUGACUCCACCUCAUCACCUGAAAGCACAGACUUCGCCCUUUCUGGGACUGGUACUGCCAACCUGAUCAUAAGUACUACCCAAUCUGCUGAUGGUAUAACAUCAACCGGAGCACCACAAUCGACAACUAUCCCAAAAUUAACCCCGGCCAGUGACGGGGCUCCAUCUGGAGAUACUCCAUCCACUGGGUCAGCCCCAACCAAUCAGGCUGGAGAUGCUUCACCCACAGCAGGAGCUGACACAACUUCUGAUAUUCCUCCAGACACUCUGAUAAAUGUACCAACUCCUGAUCUACCUCCUCCUGAUGUAGUCUUUCCAGAUAUACCUGUUCCUGAUGUACCUCCUCCAGAUGUACCUCCGGAAGUACCACCUCUAGAUGAAUCUCCUCCUGAUGUACCUUACCCUGAUGUAACUACUCCAGAUGUACCUCCCUCUGAUGUAUCUCCUCCAGAUGUACCUCUUCCUGGUGUUCUUCCUGAAGUGCCCUCCUCCUGGACUCCAGAGCCUCUGAUAGAUGUUCCUCCUCCUGAUAAAUCUCCUCCAGACAUACCUCCUCCUGAUGUACCUUCUCCUGGUGGAGCACCUCCUGAAGUACCUCUUCCUGAUGCUCCUUACUUGUUGCCUCCUUCUGAAGAAGGGGGGGGUAAUGCUGCACCAGACACAAGCUCCACCACCUUAGAUCGGUCUGACCCUGCUGUCGAUUUGGCCCCUGUGGACUUCACCUUCCCUUUCCCGGAUGAUCCAAAUUCAGUUGAACCUGGAGCAGAUUCUGGACAAGAUUCAGGACCAGUGCCUGUUGGUGAUCCUGGGAAUAUUCCAGAUGAUUUCCGUGGAUCUGUUGAUGUCCCUGCAUCAAAUUUUGUCAAUUCUGGACAGGAUUCAGUAGGGCUUGAUACAAGAGAAACAGGAAACGGUGGAAUGGAAUCAACUGGACCUGAUUCCCCUGCACCAGGUAGUGCAGGUCCUGGUCUAGAUUAUAGACCAGAUUCUUCUCAAGCAGUAGAUGAUCCAGGAGUAGAUUCUUCAGCAGCUCAGAUGGAAGGAAAGUCUUCUGGAGAGGAUUCAGCUGCCGGUGGACCAGCAGGACUGUCAGAUGAAAAGAAAGACUCUAAACAAGAGAAGACAGGAGAGCAAAAAGAGGAGAAAGUCAAUGAGGCCAAAGUGGAAACAAAAAAGGAAUCUAAAGAGGAAGGAGAAAAGAAGAAAGAUGACAAAGGCUACGAGAAAAAAGUGAUCCAGAAGAUUCUGAUUCCAGGAGGUCCAAAGUUCAGUCAGCUAUCCAAAAUCGCCUACGUCACCUUUCAGGACUGUGAGUGUAACGGACACUCCAACCGCUGCAGCUACAUCGACUUCAUCAACGUGAUCACAUGUGUGAGCUGUAAACACAACACACGAGGACAGAACUGUCAGUACUGUCGCCUAGGUUACUAUAGAAACGCUUCGCUGACGCUGGAUGACGAGAACGUCUGUGUCGAGUGUGACUGCGAUGUGGAGCGCAGUGUUUCUCCUCACUGCUCUGACUCUGGUCUCUGUCAGUGUAAACCCGGAGCCUCGGGGCGGCGCUGUGACUCCUGUCUACCUGGAUACACGUGGAAAGGAGGCGGAGGCGGAGCCAGCUGCACAGUGAAUGUGUGUGACGAGGAGCGUUUGAUUUGUCAGAACGGAGGAACCUGCGUUGACUUCCAGCGCUGCGUUUGUCUGGACAACUUCACAGGUUCGUUCUGCGAGCGGAGCGUCUGUCUGAAGAAGAGCGGUUGCCUUGACAACGCAGCGGGCUUCUCUUCCUCUCUGACCUCACACCUUUACCUGCUGACCCUCAGUCUGAUGUCCUCCACCUUCUGCUGACUCCGCCCACUGACCCGAGAACACGCCCACAGACAACGAAGUUAAAGACAGAUGAGACGUCCUCACUCGUCCUGUAACGUGUGGACAUCUUUUAUAACAUUUUAAAUGUCUGACCGUGAUCACGUCUGCUGCUCAGGUAUCAAUUUUAGAUCAGAGUCACGCUUUAAAACUCAGAUUGCAAAUGGAGGAAAUGUUCACUAUGGCACACAAGUUUGUGACAGGAAAUGACCUCAUGUUGCAAAUCAUAACGGUAACUUAAUAAAAGUGUGUUUAUUACAGAAAGAACAAAACAGACUCGAAACAGCAAUAAAAUCAGACAUAAAUGUUCAAAAAUAAAUGUUUCAUCAGUUUAAUAACAACAGCUGAGACUGAGACAAAUAUCUCUUCACUUAAAUGAUCCAAGAUGACUUUCAAAGUAAAAUGAGUUUCAAAAGUCACACAUUUAAUCAUUUCUACUUUGUGAAGAAAACAUGAACACGUGAAUAACAUGUAAUAUAUAAUAAAUACAUUUAUACUAUGUCCACUGGGAAUUCUCCGUUGUGACUGGCUGGAAGAUUAAUGUCUAAUAACCACAUACCUCUGACUCAGGUCACAGCUGUCUGGUUUAUUCCUAUAGUUCAAGAUUUGAGAUAGUUUUCUCCGGAUUUAAACAUUUCUCAGGAUUUUAAAACCUCUUGCUGUCUAGAUGAUUGACUGAUAUUCGUCAUUUAAUGAUGUGUGUCAUUUUAUUGGUAAGUGGUCGCAGUAUAAUAACAGAAUAAUACCUGACAAGUUUUUCUGUGAAGGCCUCAACAGAGACGAACCACCUCGUCUUUAACAGGUGGGUAAUAUUAUUAUUAUCAUCUCUUACAUGAGGUAAUGACCGAUAAUGUGGGUCGUUGUUAUUCCUGUCCAGUUUUCACUGUAAUGUAAUUUUAUUAAGACUGCAGCUCGACCGUUUGUUUUACUCUUAACGAACAGCUGACAGGCUCCUCGUCUCCUCUGAGACACGUUUGAGGGAUGUAAAAACGUUGUGAUGACGAACUACGAUCAGUAAAGACGAAUGCUCGGAGGAAGCAGAACGAACUUAAGUGAAAUCGCACUGACUUUUGUUUCCUACUUGUGUCUCCGCCUCGUUCUGAUUAGCUGAACUGACUGUCAAUCAUCAGCCUCACAAGAACGUUAGCGAACCUAAGAGCUGCGUUCUGAUUGGUCGGCCUCUGUGGCGUUCACACUGCCGUCACUGAUCCUGGUGGAGACUGGUGACAUCAUACAUCCUUGACAGACAGUUACCAUGGAGACAGACUGUGUUGUUGUGUUGAACUUUGUAUUUUUUACCAGAGUGAAGUUUGUGUGUUUGACUGUGAAAAGGUCUCAAAUAAGUUUGAAAUAAAGACGUGAAAUGAA